GACGGUGAGUAGCCUACAAACGUAUCCAGCCGAGGAUAUUUGUGAUGAACAGGAAUGGAAGGCAGAAAAUCAACACAAAAAAGGAAACACUUGGAGCCUCCAGCAGAAGACUCUGACAGCUCCCUGCAUGAGAGCAGCUGCGGCCAGGCAUCAUCUACUGGGGGAGCCUGCGACAUCUGCGGCGGAGCCCAAACCCUCCAGUCCGGCCAUGCAUCUUUCAAGGGCCAGUUUUUCUGCCACCUGGAAGACGGCCCUGGAGGAAGGACGGCUUAUCAGUGGCUGCUGGAGCAGCGGUAUCUAGACCAGGACUCUGACAGCUCCCUGAACGUGAGCAGCACCUGCGACAUCUGCGGCAGACCCCAAACCUUCUGGUACGGCCAUGCAUCUUUCAAGGGACAGUUUUUCUGCGCCCUGGAAGUCGGCCCUGGAGGAAGGACGGCGGAGCAGUGGCUGCUGGAGCAGCGGGGUCCAGACCUGGACUCUGCCAGCUCCCUGUACAUGAACAGCACCUGCGACCACUGCGGCAGAGACCAAACCCUCCAGUAUGGCCAUGAAUUCAAGUGCCAGUUUUUCUGCCACCUGGAAGACGGCCCUGGAGGAAGGACGGCUUAUCAGUGGCUGCUGGAGCAGCGGGAUCCAGACCUGGACUCUGACAGCUCCCUGAACGUGAGCCUCACCUGCGACAUCUGCGGCAGAGCCCAAACCUUCCGGUACGGCCAUGCAUCUUUCAAGGGACAGUUUUUCUGCCACCUGGAAGACGGCCCUGGAGGAAGGACGGCUUAUCAGUGGCUGCUGGGCCAGCGGGGUCAAGACCUGGAACUGAGGUCAAGGCUGACUGAAUGUGAGCGUGUGGUGGAGAAUCCAAAGGCAGACAAUUCAGCACUCAAGGCAGAGUUGAUGAAUGCUAAAGACAGACUAACAACCAGUGAGAAGGAAAUCGAGAGUCUAAAGAAUUCAGAACAACCCAAUGUUGCGUUUUCAGUAACUUUGACAGGCUCUGGAUUCAUGGGCCCAGUUUCUGUUGACGCCAUCUUGGUUUAUACCAAAGUCAUCACCAAUGUGGGACAGGCCUACGAUCCUAUCACAGGCUUCUUCACAGCGCCAGCGAGGGGAGUCUAUUACUUCAGAUUUACCGCUAGGCGCGUUCUUGGCUCUCGCUUUAUGGGGAUACGGCUGUGUAAGAAUUGGCAGGUCAUGUUUGUGCAGGAGCAUCACAAUGAUGGCCUGCGCGACUACCUCUCGAGUGGUGCCUCUCUGAAGCUGGAGGUGGGAGAUAAGGUGAACAUGCGUCUGCCUGCUGGCUACAGGAUCUAUAAUGACUUGGAUAAUCACAACACCUUCACUGGCCUCCUUCGGUUUACCCUGUGAGGAGAGUUAUGAUGGUCACCAUGGUAGGACAAGUCACUGUUGUUGUUGGUGACAGAAAUGGUUGACAUUAUAUUGCAGAAAAAAGUCACUAAAUCACUAAAUAAUGACUAAAUGAGUGCUAAGGAACUUAGAAUAUAUAUAUAUUUUUUUUUGCCAUAUUCAGAUGUCGUUCAACCUUGUUUUUCCAUGCAAAGUAAUGCACAGUUUUAGAUUAAAUCUAUUACCUGAAACUCUUUGAAUGUAAUAUAAACACGAAUGACUUGAUGUAUGGGUUCUUGUUUAUGGAAAUAUACAUUGUUAACUUUUUCUUUUUCUACUGUUACAAAGUACACUUUGAAACUUCUUCACUACUUGUUAUAUGAUGCAUAGACUGAAAAUUACCUCUAGUUCAGACUUUAUUUUACCACUGGAACUAGGUAUAUGUGCUAUACAUGUGCAUGUGUUAUGGGUCCUAGAUUUCUAUUCUGAACCUCUUGUUACUGAUUCACUGUGAACAUCUUUUGGGGCCAAUCAAUUUAUCAUUUAAUUGAGUUUCUAAACAGGU